AGGAGACGGGACUGGAGACGUUUGAGGCGCAGCGACGAUGGAGAAGUAUGAGAAAAUCAAAGUUGUUGGGAGAGGAGCUUUCGGGAUCGUCCACCUGUGCCGCAGGCGCAGCGACGGGGCCUUUGUCAUCCUGAAGGAGAUCCCGGUUGAGCAGAUGUCACGGGACGAACGCUUGGCGGCACAGAACGAGUGUCAGGUGCUCAAGCUGCUCAACCACCCAAACAUUAUCGAGUACUACGAGAACUUCCUGGAGGACAAGGCCCUGAUGAUAGCCAUGGAGUACGCACCAGGUGGGACGCUGGCUGAAUACAUCCAGAAGCGCUGUAACUCCCUCCUGGACGAGGACACCAUCCUCCACUUCUUUGUGCAGAUCCUACUCGCUCUCUACCACGUUCACAACAAACUGAUUCUGCACCGCGACCUCAAGACUCAGAACAUUCUGCUGGACAAGCACCAGAUGAUCGUCAAAAUCGGAGACUUCGGCAUCUCGAAGAUCCUCGUCAGCAAGAGCAAGGCGUACACGGUGGUGGGGACUCCCUGCUACAUCUCCCCAGAGCUCUGUGAGGGAAAGCCGUACAACCAGAAGAGCGACAUCUGGGCUCUGGGCUGCGUCCUGUACGAGCUGGCCAGCCUAAAGAGAGCUUUUGAGGCGGCUAAUCUUCCUGCCCUCGUCCUGAAGAUCAUGAGCGGAACCUUCGCUCCAAUAUCGGACCGCUACAGCCCAGAACUCCGGCAGCUCAUCCUCAACAUGCUCAACCUGGACCCAUCCAAACGGCCCCAGCUCAAUGAAAUCAUGGCUUUGCCCAUCUGCAUCCGGCCGCUGCUUAAUCUCUACACAGACAUAGGCAAUGUGAAAAUGCGCCGGAUUGAGAAACCGCUGUCGAACGUUCAGCUGCGAGGCAGACCAGGAGGGAGAGUUCCUGCUAACCGGACAAGAGCAGACGCAUCUGCGGGUUUGGGAUCAGGUAAGGUGCAUUCUCUCCCGCUGUCCUCCGUGUAUACCUGGGGAAGUGGGAUAACGGCGCCUCUCCGGCUGCCGAUGCUGAACACCGAAGUGCUUCAGGUCUCACUGGGCAGGACUCAGAAGAUGGGAGUCACCAAGUCCGGCCGCCUGAUUACCUGGGAGGCUCCCUCCGUUGUGUCUGGAGAGGCCAGCCUUCCAGGCCUGGUGGAUCAGAUGCAGCCGCUGUUCAUUUCCCGUUUCCUUGAGGGUCAGUCAGGGGUCACCAUCAAGUCCGUGUCCUGUGGUGAUCUGUUCACCACCUGCAUGACAGACAGGGGUAUUAUCAUGACAUUUGGAAGCGGAAGCAAUGGUUGUCUGGGACAUGGCAACUUUAUUGAUGUAACACAGCCUAAGAUUGUGGAGGCUCUCCUGGGCUACGAGUUGGUCCAGGUGUCCUGCGGAGCUUCUCAUGUCGUCGCUGUGACCAAUGAAAGGGAGGUGUUUGCUUGGGGGAGAGGAGACAACGGUCGCCUCGGCCUGGGCACCCAGGACACACACAACUGUCCCCAGCAGGUGUGUCUGCCUGCAGAGUUCGAGGCUCAGAAGGUGGUGUGUGGCGUGGAUUGCUCCAUGGUUAUCAGCACGCGGUGCAGCAUUCUGGCAUGUGGAAGCAACAGGUUCAACAAGCUUGGUCUGGACACGAUUACAGCUGGGGAGGAACCAAAUCCUGUGAAUCAGGUUGAAGAAGUCCAUUCUUACGCUCCAGUUCAAUCAGCCCCACUCAACUCUGAGAGGAUCGCUUACGUCGACAUUGGAACGGCCCAUUCUGUUGCUGUCACAGAAGAGGGCCGGUGUUACACGUUUGGCAGCAACCAGCAUGGUCAGACGGGCUGCAGCUCCCGGCGCAGCAGCCGGGUGCCCUACCAGGUGCUCGGCCUGAAGGACAUCACCUUGGCCGCAUGUGGUGACGCCUUCACCCUGGCCAUUGGAGCUGAAGGUGAGGUGUACACGUGGGGGAAGGGGGCCCGCGGUCGCCUCGGAAGAAAAGAAGAGGAUUGUGGGAUACCGAAGCCGGUGCAGCUCGAUGAGAGCCACCCGUUCGCAGUGACAUCGGUGGCCUGUUGUCAUGGCAACACCCUGCUGGCAGUCAAACCUUUGUUCGAGGAUCCUGGUUCCAGAUGACUUUGAGCUGAACGCUUUCGAUGGAGACCUUCCCUACUCCCUCCUCAAUCCUCCUCUGCAUCCAGUCUUUUUUUUUUUUUUGCUAAUGAACAAAUAUUCGUUUUGGUUGGCGAACACACACAGAAAGGUCAGUCGGAGGAAACAGGUGCAUCGCACUCCAGACACGCCAAAGGAAUGUCGCAACACUGAUACCGAAGCUGGAUUACUGCAGCUCAUUAGGCCGCUUCUCAUGUGGUGAGCGAUUGUCUUCCCUCGCGCGCGUCUUUUCUGCCGUCAAAAGCCAGCGAAAGUCAAACAGGUUUUGUUCCCUCUUAAGACGGCCGGGUGAAUGAGACGACAAGAAUGAAGGAUGAAGUCAGGAGACGAGAGCGCGAGGAGGGGAGUCGGGUUUUGGGGCUCUUUAUUGGAUUAGUGCUGCAAACCCAAACAAGCAGCGUUCAAACUAGAUAAUGAGGAGGGAGUGGGGCAGGUGGGGGGGAGAACGUAAGGGGACAUGUUACCCCGCUUGUUCAGACACAUUCACAGCUUCUUCAGAGCGGAGAAUAGCAGCCUGUAGAGUAAACAGGCAGCUAUUCAUGCCACCGCCAGCGGUAAACAACGUACUAUUAACGCCGUUGUUUUUGUUCCACCGCAGGAAUUUUUACUGGCUGAACAGCUGAGACGGUUUUCACGCCAUAGAAACCGAAAAUAGCGAGAGGCAUAUAACGACAUCUUUCCGGCUUCAAGUACAUACUGUACCUCCCAUUGAGUUGAAACAAGAUAUUUGCGUGUACUGAAUAAAUAGGCACAAGCACUUUUUUGUGUGUUUUUUUUCUCAGUGUCUAAAGUUAAAUCAGACCAAACUGUUCUUGUUCUAGGUUACUUAGAAUUACCGAAAUUAUUUAUAUUUGCUCAAUGCCAGAAAGCUUGGCGAGAACAUUUUUUAGACAGUUUUUGUUUGUUUGUUUUUACUUUCUUCAAAUUCAAAAAUGUGCGUACAUUUGGUCGCAGACAACUGUCCUUUUUAAAACUGUACAACUUAAAUUUGAAGAAAGAAAAAAAAUCUAAAACGUUUUCCGGCAUUUAGCAGACACAAAUUAUUUUGGUCAUUCUAACUAGCCUGAAUCAAGAAAAGUUUGGUCUGAUUUAACUUCAGACAGUGAUGAGGGGGGAAAAACAAUGUGUUUGUGUCUUUUUAUUCAGUGUAUGUAAAUAACUGGCUUCAAGUGGAUUUGUGGUAAAAAACUAAUAGAUUAAACAGAAUAAACAACUUUGGUUUCUGUAGAUCAAAAACAUCAGAAUUUAUAAAGACAAUUCCCCCCCGGGGCAGAACGAGCGUCGAAAACGUCCCGUCUUCAUCUGAUAAGAUCUGAUUAGAGACAAACGGAAAAGACGUAAAACAUUGUGAAAGAAUAGGGUGCCUUGUUAUUUAAUGAGGCUUCAAAUUAGUUAAAUAAAACUCACGACCUGAUUAAUUUGACAAAAAAACAGCAAUAGAACAGUGUGGAAACUAUCUAUAAUACAUUAGAUUACCACAGAGUCAUAUUUAUUAUGCUGGUGAUUAAUGUUUAAUACCGCUGCAGCUGGUAACAGUGAGUAGAUUAAAGUUUCAUACUUCAAUCUUUAAAGGUGAAUUAUUGAUUCCUAGUUAAUUAUGUCAUCAUAUAUUCACUCGAAUGCUGAUUAGUGAGUUAAGCAAAGUGAAGAAAAUCUUUUUUUCAUGUGAAGUAGAGCAUGAGCAAAAAGUAGAAAACAGCCUGUUUUUUGAACUGCACUAUUAAAAGUGACUUUGAACAUUGGUGCAAAUGAGGCAUUUUUGACUUUUUUUUUUAAUAAAAACUUGAGAGUAGAGAAAAGAGAAGAAGGAUGUGAAACGUCAGGUUUAGUGGUUUAAUAAAAAAAUAAAUAAAAAAACACCACGAGAGAAUUUGUUAAUAAAAUUUGCUUUGUUCAAACACAUUGCAUUGCAAAGUGUUUAUGUAUGUAUUUGGUCACUUUAAAAUCACAAAUUGUAAUUUUAACAACGAAAGCAGUGCAAAACUGCAACUCAUAUUGCCCAACGUUGUUGGCUGAUGGGAAGAAGAAUCUCCUGUCUGUAUUUUGGCGGCUAUAAAGAAUAAAUAGAAUAGAAUAGAAUUCAACUUUAUUGUCAUUGCACUGUCACAAGUACAAGCAACGAGAUGUAGUUAAAGAUGCUUAGAACAAAUCGAUUUGUGGAUGUGCCAUAACGUUCUCCAGCUGAACAGAAAUGGAGAUAAAGUUAUUCUCUAAAGAGGAACAAUCUAGUCAGCUUCAGUUAUUGCAACUAGAAACUAGCGAUCAGACCCAAAAUCUGGGUGCAGUGAUGGACUCUGACCUGAACCUUCAGAGUCACAUAAAGACAGUUACAAAGUCGGCCUUCCAUCACCUGAACAACGAUUCCAGGAUUAAAGGACUAAAGUCUCAGCAAGAUUUAGAGAAACUCAUCCAUUCGUGUUGAUUACAGGUUCUUUGUAGGAAGAGUUUCGGGGGGUAAAGGGGUUCUGUCUAAGGCCCCAUAUUACCUUGGGCCGGCCCUGCAUGAACAGCCGCUGCAAUGCUCAUCUCUGGAAUCCACCUGGAAUCUACCUGGAAUCCCCUGGUGGUCUCUAUGUCAGUCCUCCGAUGUUUUGGGGACAAUUUGAUUCAUUUACUUGUGGCAUGCUUGGCUUUAUGCUGCGGUUCUAAUUAUUGCUACACUAUUUUCUCUGAUGUUUAUUUUGUGAAGUAAACUU